UAUUUAAAAAAAAAAUCUGAAUUUCAUUUUUCACGGUGAAACGUAGUUACAAAAUUAAUGUUUUUUAAUUACUAUAUAAGAGGUUAUUCUAGGAAUUAACCUGACAUGCGCAGUUAUAAAAUAAUCUGUCUAAUUUUCAAUUCUUUUUCGAGCCCCUCUCUCACUUUUUCUUUCGAGGAAUACAAGAAAAAAAGUUAUCAAUCUUCUUGUUUCUCAAGAUUUCUUCUCUCUUUGUUGAAUCUUUUUUUUUUGUUCCGACAAAGACGAUAAAAAUGGAUAGACGACGUCAUAGACAGAGCAAGGCCAAAGCGUCGUGUUCCGAAGAAGUGAGUAGCAUAGAAUGGGAAGCUGUGAAGAUGACGGAGGAAGAAGAAGAUCUCAUUUCUCGGAUGUAUAAACUCGUCGGAGACAGGUGGGAAUUGAUAGCCGGAAGGAUUCCGGGACGGACGCCGGAGGAGAUAGAAAGAUAUUGGCUUAUGAAACACGGUGUCGUUUUUGCCAACCGACCAAGAGAUUUUGUUAGGAGAUGAUUUUAUUCGUUAUAAACGUAUUUUUCCUCGUUUUAAUUCACAAGACAAGAAAAAGGGAAAGUAGUUGUCCUUUGGAUUACUAUUUUGGAAUGUAUAAUCUUAUAUAUAUAUAUAAAUUUUUCUUAGGAGCUUUAAUUUAUUAUCAUUGAUUCUAUAAGUUAUGCCAAAAAUGAAGUAUAUAUCAUAUUAUCUCAUUUUCUCUUAAAAAUCAUGUAUGUCCUAAAAUUUACUUUACAAAUUACAAUCUAAGAUGAACUCCGGAACUUUCUACGCUACUUUUUUUUUGUCAACAUUUUCAUUUCAUUGAAAUGAGGCCCAACUGACAUAUUACAGAGGUAUCAAUUGAAUAAAGCCCAACAAAGAUAAUAACUUAAAAUACACAGAAAUGUCCAUAAAGCGGUAGUUGAUAUUAUCAACUUUAACACGUAUCAAGCUUCUGGGAUAUUAACUAAACUCGUGUUAACACACGUGUCCUUCAUGCCACAAUUCACCUUUCCGAUCACCGCAAAGUUUCUCCACCACAGACUCUUCCGAAAUUGCAUCUUGUAUCUUUGUCUCUUGCCCAUUAACGAAGCUUUGACUUUUCGUCAAAUAGAAAGCAUCUUCAGUCAUUGAAACCAUCUGCAGUUACCCCUUCCUCCGUACUAUCCGUCGCUACCAAAGAGAUAUCUUAUCAAUCUCUACUAGAUGUGAAUACCAACGAGAAAGCUUCAGAAAUUAUGGAUAGAAACGCGUCUCUUUACGAGGAGCUUCAACUCUACUGAGUCUUCCAAAUAAUUCCCAAGCUUAAUCAAUCGACUCAAAGAACUUAAGAUACUCUGCAAAUAAGCCAAUCGGCUAAACAAAGAAUUAGUCUUGAGAAUAACCAGAGAAAGACAAUCAUCUCUCUCGAUAUAAAACGGGAUUUUAAAUCAAACACACAAAGGAAGAAGCCGAAAUAUUAUUUACCCAACUAAAAUCAGAGAAAAAAAAGAAAAUAUCAUGAAGAAA